UGGUGCCUAGUUUAUUGUGUGCUGCUCCGUUGUUACCCUUUUCACCUUUGCAUUGUUUUUUCUAUUGCGCGCAUUUUUUCUACACUUUGCCAUUUUUCACAAGCGAAGAUACAAUAUUUUCCAAUCCUUAUUUCCUAGGCAUUUAAUUAUUCACAUAAACUAAAAAAACAUGGAGGUCACUGCAGGGCAGUACCAUCGCGAGAUGAGUAAAUUCAUUCUCGACGAGAUUGACCAAGGAGUGUCUGCACCAACAAAGUCCGAGCUCGGCAAGCUCUCCCGGCUCACGCCAAUGCAAUUCCAAGAGCUAGCAACAGACGUAUACGAUGAGCUUAAGCGACGCCGCAGCGAAAACCAAGACUUCCCCUUUCUACCCGUCCGCGACCAUUACCAUCCGAAGCGCAACCAGGCGCGCCAAAAGCUAGCCACCUUGUCGCGCCCAAAGUUUGUCGACCUCGUGCAUGACGUCAAUGAGGAGCUGAAAAGACGCUUCCCGCACAAAAUUGACACUACCGAGUUCGCCACCGCAUCUUCCAGGUAUGACUCGAUGAACAUGGGCAAUAUGCAGAGUGCGUUGCCAAUUGCACAGCAGUUCCAGAGCUCGCAGUUCGGACAGCAGUCGGGGUUCGGUCAGUACCAGAUGUCGAGGUCACCGCCGACAAGCUCAGGCAGCAUCCAGGGCUACACCCAUACCAUUAAUCCACCGGUAUCUGCCAUGGCAUCAGCAGCGGGGCGCGGCAGCAGCUUUUCCCACGACGACGCAGACAACGACGCCAACUGUGGUCUGCGCAACAGUCAACUAGGCCAAACCGCCCGUGUGCCCACACCUGACCGUAGCGCGCGCAUGAGCACGAGCGACCUUGAAAAGCUCAAGAACGAAUACGAAAUGCGACUCUCUGCCAUGCGCAAGCGAGUGGGUCAGCUGGAGAGCCAAAUGCUGGACCGGCGCGGCGACAGCUCCCAAUCCCCCAUAGAUGCCGAGCAAAUCAGUAAUAUUGAGCGCAUGAACGCGGCGUUAGCGCAGAAGAACGAGAGGCUGGAGAACGAACUUAAGUUGUUGCGCGACCAGCUGGUUACCGCGAGGUCGGAUGUGCCAGCGCUGAGGCAGGAAAAUGACAAGCUGAGGAUUGAACGCACAAGGUUUAUUGAGCGCGAGCGCGAGCUCAAGGUUAAGCUUGAUGAGGCUAGGGCCAAGGUGCGACGGCUCAAGGCCACCUCAGUAUUUGCCAUGGAUCACGGAGACACGGAGCUGGUUCCGCCACCUGUGUUUGUUAACUCUGGUGGUGUCAUUCGUCCGUCAUCCGUCAGGGCGUUCCAGGAGGCUGUUGAGGCGCUGCUUUCAGCCGUCAGGUCGGAGAACAUGGACGUUGACUUGCCGAAUGCUCAGUCGUUUGUGGUGGCUGCCUGUGGUGAACUCAACGCGGAUGUGACCGCCUACCAGGCCGCCAAUGCCGGAGAUCCCAGCACAUGGCCGUUGCCCAGAGACACCCUGGAGAACACGCCUGAGGUUGUUCUCAAGCUUGAGACUCAUCUGGAUGGCCUCGCUCAUGCUGUUGACAAGCACCUGAACAGCAUGGGUGUGCUGCCUAUUUCGCUUUUGGAGGCCGCCGCCAGCCACCUUGCGACUGCUGUUGUGGACCUUGUGAAGCUUCUUAAAGUGUGUUUCGACGAGAGCAAGGCUGCACCGCGCGCCAUACAGGCUAUGGUGGUGCCUGCGGUGGCAAUGGCCGCCGCCGCCGCCACCGCCGCAGCAACUGUAGAAGCAAAACAGGCACCAACAUCCACUUCUGCGAACGCCACCACCACUUCCGCCAAUAGAUCCGAUCAAUAUGGCCUGGAAUCGAGCACCGAUAACAUUAUUGCUGGAAUCCAAAGCAUGCUACAAUUGGUGCGCGCGCCCAGUCCGGCUCCCAACGCCCUGUUUUCCACAUUACAGCGGGUCAUUGUGUCUAUCCGGGAGACUAUCAAUAUUAGUCGCGCCGAGUUUGAUAAUAUCGAGACCGGGUCCGGUGCCAGUGAGCAGCUGAAUGUGGAUCUGUAUGAUCGGGCGGUGGCAAAGGGUGUUUUGGACGGGUUGGAGAAGGGGCAUUUGCAAUUGACUGAUCAGUUGAACGAUAUUAAUGAGGCCCAUGAUGCUGCUGGUGGGUCUGAUAUGGAUAAUGAGAUUGUGAGGGAGUUGCUGAACGAGAUGGCAUUCAAACAGCGCUUGACAUCGGCUCUUAUUGAUGUCGGUAAACUAACAAAGACAUUGGUACUUUGGCUAGAAUAAAUCUAUUGUUUUUCCUCCCUAUUUUACACCGCUUUUUUCGCAUAAAAUAAAAGAUUUUGAGUAUAUAAAAGUC